AUGCCUUCUAAGAGGAAGAGGGCUACGACAGCAGUUUCAGCUCCAUUGGCUCCCACUGUGGAUGGGGAACCGCCAGCAUGGGCAAAUGUACGCUCGGAGUUAGGUGACACCCUUCCAUGGUUCCGAGCCGUUCAAGGUGGCAUAUAUCAUAAAGAUGGUCUAGCAUGGGGGGUCCUCAUUAGUCGUGACUCGGGAGAGCGCUCGUAUAUCGAUGAAGAAGUUGUAAUAACCAGGAUUGGUGGCUCAUGCUCUAGGAAUGCGAAUGGAGACUUGGUUCGCGUCAAGGACCAAGGGCAGGAAGAUCUUCUAGUGAAAUGUCUCUUGAACAGCAUGAAGCAGAAAGUUCCUAUCGGAAUUAUCAUUGGAGAUCAUAACGCUGUCUUGGGAAGGACGGUCCCGCACCCCUAUAAUGUGAUGGAUUACUUCCGUAUCACGAACAUCUGGUUUGAAUGUGUUGACAAUCGUAGAGCUGCGAAGGUGCGCUAUGAGAAGUUAGAUCUCCAGAGCAAGAGCUGGUGGGCAGACAAAGAGUCGGCAUCGCCGCCGCCUCUAGGAGAACGCGAUUUUGCAAGCAGACCAAACUCAGCUGAAUGCAAUGCAUGUAGCCACAGAAGCGUCCAGGUAUUUCAUCAAGGCUGGAUGUGUUUACAACCAUCUUGCACCCGUUUCUUCAAAAUUGGAGCAUCGGCCGCUCCAGCAAACCUCACUUACCACGAAAAGUUUCUGAGUUGUCGGAUGGCCCCAGACUCUACCAUAAAACCUCACCACAGCCUGAUACCAGAUUUGCUUAGCACUUUUGACGAAGAUGAUGCAAGUACAGCCACCAGUAGAUUGGCUUGGAAAGGGAUUGUAUGCCCACAGUGCCGCAAGUGUAUUUCACGAAAGUAUUGGAGAGGCUGGAAGUGUAGCGACGAUGAUACCUCUAUUUCGGACCAACCUAAGCCUCUCUGCACGUUUGAGAAGUUGAUGCAAAUGCCAAUCGUGUCUCUACGAUCUGUCAUCAAUACGCUCGAAAUUGCUCCUCAGAAGCGAGCCUAUACUCCUGAUGACAGGUUCAUGACUCCAGUCAUUGAUGAUGACUCACUAGCUCCAUAUAGGAGGCUUGUCUAUACUAUCCCAGGAGUCGGUCAUAUCACGCACUUGGUGUCGAAUAGAGACAUAAAUGAUUGCCCUAACGGACCAAACACUAUUUUUACACAAUUGCAGCUGGCUGACCUGGGGUUGCAGAGAUUUCCUUUGAGUAAUGCCGUAGUCACUGGGACGCUUACCGCGCACUUUGCAGUAAACUAUGGAAACCCGUAUAAGUAUGUCGCGCCAGUGAAUUGCAAAGGCUUCGACGAGGCGCCCGGGGUAGUUCUAGAUGCAUUGGGCCGUCUGCAGUGGGCAACGGAACAAGCUGUGCAUCUGGUUGGAGAUACGCCCUAUCUGCCGAAUGAAAUGCUAGUGUUGGGUUAUUUUGCGGAGAUGAAGAUCGGGUAUCACGACGACGGCGAAACGUCCCUUGGCCCUACCAUUGCGACACUCUCGCUGGGGGCUCGCUCUACAAUGCAGAUCCGUAUGAAAUCCAAGUACUACAAGGGCCAGAGUAGCAGGAACAUUCUACUUGAGAAUGAUCCGGUGCUUCCAGGCUGUGCGUUUCAAUUACAAAGACAGGCAUGGAAAGCCGAACUCGAGGAUGGAGUAAUCACACGACCAAAGUAUGAUAAGCACCGGAACGAGUUCUUCAAGAGAAACCGCACCCGGGGCGAAGCGAAGCCGUGCAUUAAAUUGGAUCUCCACCACGGAGAUAUGGUUGUAAUGCAUGGUGAAAGCCUGCAGAGAUACUAUGAGCAUGAGGUUGUUCCUGACACCAAAUUGCGCUUUGCGUUGACCGCGCGCCACAUCAAAGCAGACUAUGUGGACCCGAAGGAUAUUCACAAGGGAGAUAUUACCCUUGCGGGACACCAGUUGUAUAAUGGAGUCUGA